GAAACUAUUCUUAGGUAUUCACUGCUCUAAACAGAUCCUUUCCAUUUACUAAGAAACCUUUGAAGAUCUUUUUUGAAAGAGUGUACUAUUGGCUAGUGUAUUACCUCCCAGCCAAUCCUCUGGCAGGGGGCGGGGUCAGCCGUAAUACAGGCGGAGAAAAAAUGACCGGGACAAGAAGCCGGUGAACACAUCCCACUGACAGUCAACAGCUCUAAUAACCCAGAGACACUGACUGACACCCAGCCACACCAUGGGACCUUCCCAACUCUGCGGGCUGAGUGUGGAGGCGUCCUUUAACCAUACGGGCUCCGAGACUGGACUUAUUACCACAGCUUUGAGCGCUUGAGGACACUUGCUGAACAUCACCCUGAGGGCCUUAAGGAUCUAGAUAUUAAUGGAUGGACUUUUGAGGGUCGUUUGAGUGCUGUGAAGCUUCAGAAAUUGAGUCGACUCUGUCACUGUGCACUUCUAUAGGACAAUGUAUGGAAUAAACCGGCGCUGCUUUUACAUAUCUUUUCACUUCUUCGUGGUGUGGUGUCAUGCACAGGGGGAGAAUCCCCCUUCUCCUAAUUUUAAGCAGCAUGUGAGGCAGCAGGGGGCGCAGUCGGACGGGCUCAGCCGGCGCCAGCUCCGGGUCUACCAGCUCUACAGCCGCACCAGCGGACGCCACGUCCAGAUCCAGGGGAAGAGGGUGACCGCUACGGCCGAGGACGGCAGCGCUUACGCCAGGCUGUAUGUGGAGACGGACACGUUUGGCAGUCGGGUUCGAAUCAAAGGAGCCGAGAGUGGCAGAUACCUGUGCAUGAACCGCAGGGGGAAGCUGGUGGGCAAGCCCAACGGCAAGGGCAGGGACUGCAUCUUCACAGAGAUUGUCCUGGAGAACAACUACACAGCCUUCCAGAACGCCAAAUACGAGGGCUGGUACGUUGCCUUCACCAGGAAAGGAAGGCCCGUUAAGGCAUCCAAAACAAAGCAGAACCAAAGAGAAGUCCACUUCAUCAAGCGGCUGAACAAAGGGCCCCUUCCCUUCCCCAACUCGGACCAGCCUAAACACUUUGAGUUCAUCAGCCUUCCUCCGACACGGCGGGCCAAGCGCAACAGGAAACCCCACACAGCUUCCUAACACUGGACAGUACGAACCUACAGGACUGGUUUUAUGAACUAAUAUCAAGAAAGAAGAGGCAGCUUUAUUUUUUAUAUUUUCACAGUUAAUGGACAUUUUAAAAAUGCCAAAAACAAAAACACUGGACACUCGUUAUAACAGGGUGACUUGUAAAUAUGGUAAGAUAGUCAAAGAAGAUGUAUAUAUUUAAUAAGCUCAGAAUGUUUUUGUGUGUCGUGUGAGCGCUUUAUGAAGAGAUGGAGAGAGACUGGAUUAUAACAUUCAGAAAUAAACAAGAUAUUAAAAAUA